UAUCUCUCCUGUUAAAUUUGUUACCGGAAGUUAUGGUUGCUAUUGGUUUUAAUUGUUUUUUUUUGUUUUUAAAAUUUAGAGGAGAUCUUACAUAAAAAGGAUUAAGUAACAUUUGGCACAUUUGUCUUGAAUGUGAAACUCACCAUCCCAGAAAUAAAACUUAAAACCAGUUGACAAAAUCCUAGACAAAAUGCCUGAGGAAAAUCUGAAAGUUGCUGUCAGAGUACGGCCUUUUAAUGAAAGGGAAAUAAAAAGAAGUGCUCAAUUGAUAAUCAACAUGACGAACAACCAGACUACCAUCAAAGAUCCAGAAAACUCAAAAGCUGAGCCAAAGAAAUUUGCUUUUGAUUACUCGUACUGGUCCCAUGAUGGGUACAUAGAAAAUAAGGAUGGGUAUUUUUCUCCAAAGGAUAAUCGCUAUGCAGAUCAGAAAAAGGUAUUUGAAGACCUUGGUAAAGGUGUUAUAGACAAUGCUUGGAAUGGUUACAACUGCUCCUUGUUUGCCUAUGGUCAAACUGGCAGUGGCAAGUCCUACAGCAUCGUGGGCUUUGGAAACAACAAGGGGAUUGUGCCUUUGGCCUGUGAGGAGCUUUUUCGUGGCAUUGAGGAGAAACGGAAAGGCUUGGACAAAGAUGCUGAGUUUCAGGUGAGUCUAACUAUGCUGGAGAUUUAUAAUGAGCAGAUUCGGGAUCUUCUCUCAACAAAAGCACCUGUCAAAGGAGGUCUAAAAUUAAGGCAACAUGCUUCAAAAGGUUUUUAUGUGGAGAAUUUGACCAUUGCUCCUGUCAGCAGCUAUACCCAGAUAGAAAGCAAAAUAAAUGACGGUACCAGAAACAGAACAAUAGCUUCAACAAAUAUGAAUGUAACAAGCAGCCGCGCCCACACCAUAGUGGCUAUCACCUUUGUGCAGAAACAAAAAAAUGAUGCUGGUCAGAACAUGACCAAGACAUCAGUCAUCAAUCUGGUGGACUUAGCUGGCAGUGAGAGAGCAGAAAGUACUGGUGCCACAGGGGACAGGCUCAAGGAAGGAUCCGCCAUCAACCUCUCCCUCAGCACUCUAGGCAACUGUAUCAAAGCUCUAGCUGAUCAAUCUGCUGGCAAGAAGAAAAUCAUGGUUCCAUACAGGGACUCAGUGUUGACCAAACUUCUACAAAAUGCACUGGGAGGAAACAGCAAAACUAUAAUGAUUGCUGCGCUUAGUCCAGCUGACAUCAACUACCAGGAAACCCUUUCAACUCUGAGAUUUGCUGACAGAGCGAAGACAAUUAAAACCCAGGCUGUGGUUAAUGAGAGUCCAACUGACAAGCUAAUCAGGGAACUGAAGGAAGAAAAUCAGAAACUGCUGGAGAUGCUGAAAGCUGGGGGUGUCCCUGCAGGGGGAGCUGCAGCAAGCAGUCAAGAAGUGGAAGAGAUGAAAAAACAGUUGGAGGAACAAAUGGCAGCCAAUCAGAGGGAGCUGGAGGAGAUGAAGAAAUCUUGGGAGGAGAGGAUGAAAGAAACACAGGCAGAGUCAAAGGUCAAGCUGGAAGCUGAGAAAAAAAGAAAUGAGGAGAGGAAAGUGACUCCCCACUUGUGGAACCUAAGUGAAGAUCCUGCGCUUACAGCUGUGUUGAUCCACUUUUGCCCAGAAGGUACUGCCAAAAUAGGAAACAAAAAUGCCAGCCCUCCCCCUCAGAUUCUCAUCAAUGGCUUAGGCAUACAAAAGGAACACGCAACUGUAACCAACAAGAAAGGUGUGGUCAGCUUAAAGCCAUGUCCUGGGGCUAAGAUCAUGGUCAAUGGUAAACCCAUUUCAGCAGAAGUACAGCUACAUCAUAAUGACAGAGUUCUACUUGGUCCAAACCAUCUGUUUGUUUUCCAUCACCCACAAGAUGAGGCCAGGCAACAAAAAUCUGGCAAACCUGUGCUACAACCAACCUAUGACAGCGCUCAGCAGGAGUUGGCCAGGGAGUCUGGGCUCAUGGACUCCACCAGUGGCAAAUCUAAAGAGGACCUAGUUCUACAAGACGACCUAGUUCAGCUACUGCCCAUGAUCAGUGAAGCCAAUGGCAUGUCCGAGGAACUCAGCAAGAAAGUCCACUUUGAAAUUUGUCUUGUAUCUCCACAGUCUCGGGGGCUGAGGGAGGGCAGCACUGAGGUCAUGGUAAAGCUAAAGAGUUUAGAAAAUGGAAAUUGGUGGCUUCUUCAGCGCAACAAUUUCAUCAACAGAAAGUACAUGAUGCAAGAGAUGUAUCAAAACUACAUAGAAGGGGAGGUCAACUGGGACCUACCAAAGGAUAAAGACCCAUUUUGGGAAUUGCAUACAACCCCAGUGUUAAUAGGAGUGGCAUAUGUUUACUUACAACCCAUUGCUUAUCUUAUUGGAAUGGAUGAGAGCUUGACCAUCAUGGAUUUAAAAGGGAAAGAAACAGGCCAUCUACUGGUGGAGUUAAUUCCCUGUGAUGAGAAGUGGAUAACCCUGAAAGAUGACGUGUACGUGGAAGACCCAAAAGAUCUGAAAGGCAAACCACUGUACUUCAAGAUAAAAAUCAAAGGGGCCAGAGGGAUACCAGCCAAUUUUGAAGUGACCAGUUGCUCUUACAAAUUCUACAUGGACAAUGAAGUGACCAAAACAGAGGAGGUCAAGGGCACUAUCAACCCUGAUUACCUGCAUGAGAGGAACGUCCAUUUUAAAGCUGUCACUGAGCAGCUAAUUAGUCACCUGACCAAUGAAGCCAUGACCGUGGAGGUCUGGGGGCAGCAAAAAGAAGAAGGCAUGAAAUCUUCAAGUCUGAAACAACCUGUCAGUGGAGCCAGUGGCAAGGAGUCAAAGGGCCAUGAGUCAAAGAGCCAUGAGCCGUCUGCAGCUGAACUGGUGUUACAAAUACAAGAGCAAGUUAAAAAAGCAAAGGCUAAUGGAAUAAAGACAGUUCCAAUUUCCGAGAUAGAAAAUUCUCUGGCCAGGUUAACUGGUGCAGAACCCAGCAACAUCAAAGGUGGAAAAGGAACAUCCAGAGCUUGUUUGAUUCAAUAAUAGAAGUGUGUCAAGUUUAUGACUAGGGAUGUGUGUCAAGUUUACAACCAGGGAUGUGUGUCAAGUUUAUGACUAGGGAUGUGUGUCAAGUUUAUGACUAGGGAUGUGUGUCAAGUUUACAACCAGGGAUGUGUGUCAAGUUUACAACCAGGGAUGUGUGUCAAGUUUACGACUAGGGAUGUGUGUCAAGUUUAUGACCAGGGAUGUGUGUCAAGUUUACGACUAGGGAUGUGUGUCAAGUUUACAACCAGGCAACUCUCUCCUGGCCAAAGGAGAAAUUGAAGGCAACUCUCUCCUGGUCAAAUGCAGAAAUUUCCUUUAUUAAACAUUUGUCCACAUUUUUUCUUUCUUGUGUUCACAAGCUCAAUAUUUUUUUCUUCAACCUUUUGUACACAUGAUGUAAACAAUGUACUGUUGAUGUCUAUCUAUAUUCCUUCAAUUAUUGUUAUAAAUUGAUGUCAACAUUUGAUACAAAACUAUGUGGCAAAUGAAUAAAGCAAGUCCCUAUCUGAUCCUGCCCCCCCAGAUUUACUAAGCUGUUUUUUGUGUUGGCUCAAUGCUGUUAAUCAAAAGUAAUUUUGUAAAUAUUUACCCUGCUUGUUUUAGCCUGUCAGUUGUGCUGUGUAACCCUUUGAUCACUCACACACAAUAGGCCUCUCUGUUGCAUUCAGGUUUUUUGUACACUACCACAUUUUUCAUUAAAGUGAAUUUUAUAAAGUAAACUCAGUUUAAAAAUCA